UAUCAAUUUUGUACCUUAAAUAAAAAUGUUGGUUUUGUGUUUAACAGUGAUUUCAAUCAAUUUCUACAUUUUAAACGUUGAUUCAUAUAAUUUUUCUAAAGAAACGUGCCAAGAUGAUUUAAAUAAACUUUUAACGGAGUUAUUAAACCCUUUAAAUUUUAUACAAGGUGUUGACGUUUACUCAGACGAUUUAGAAUACAUUUUAUUUACAAACAACAACCCAAACGAAGAAAUUGUUAUAAACGAAACAACAAGGCAUUUAAUUGAUCCUACGAUUGAAACGAAAAUUUUUAUAUCCGGCUGGCUGGAGGGAUAUAAUAUUAAAUGGAUCCUCGAAAUGCGAGACAUUUACUUAAAAAAGUCUCGUUACAACAUUAUAGUGUUCAAUUGGGACCAAUACUCGUACAUGCACUAUAUUUUCAGUACGGAACUCUGUCGGGAAUUGGGUAAGAACUUGGGGGAUUUUAUUUCCGAUUUAGUAAUAACCCUUGAGCUCGAUUUGAACAAAAUUCACAUUAUCGGGCACUCGCUUGGCGCUCAAAUCGCCGGAUUUACCGGCCAAAGAGUUAUGAAGAGGUUGUAUCGUCGAAUCGGAAGGAUAUCCGCUUUAGACGCGGCGGGACCCAUAUUUAACUUUAACACCGAGUCUUAUAGAUUGGAUAGAAACGAUGCCAAUUUCGUUGAUGCUAUACACACAAACAAUUUUUUUUUUGGUUAUUACGGACCGUGUGGAACUGUUGAUGUUUUCGUAAACAACGGUAUUUUUCAAGAGGGGUGUCCAACUAUAUACGAUAUAAUGCGAUCGAUGAGAUGCGAAGAUAUCCAUCGAUUUUUGUUUUGUAGUCAUUCAAAAAGUAUUGAAGUUUGGAAAAGAAGUAUUAAUGAAAAUUUGAUAGGAAGACAUUUAGUAACAGGUUAUCCCAUUGUAAUAGGGGAAAAUGUUAAUUUACGUUCGGACGGUUAUUGA